GGAAGACAUCCUGCUCAAUGGAAGGGGGGAUAUCAGAUAACAUCUGGCAACCAGUCAGAUGAUAAUUGCACCUUGAGCUUAGUAGCGCCGGUCAUGAAACGCGUCUUACAAGUUCCGGCAGGGGCACACGUGUAACCCCUGCAUGUAUUUCGGGGACACCGCCCACAAAAAGGACAUGUCUGCUGGUAGGUAAACACUGCCUGACCGAAGCCGCUCAAAUGAGCGACAGAGCCGAGAUGAGAGGGCCCACAGCCCGCCAAAGACGGACUACUAUUUCAUCCAACGGGGGUAAGUACCACAAUGGUGGUGGAGAUAAACCUCCUCCAUGCCCCGGUAAAAAGAAGACGGAAGAGGCGUCCAGGCAUGUUGACAACAACGGGAAGGCAGACAAGGAGAAAGUUCAGCAGCCCUCAGACAACCAAAGGAAACCAACAACGAGUAAUUUGGACGAAAUCAGUGAGGGACUCAGCUGCCAUGUCCUACAGGAGUCACUUCUGAGCUCAGCCAGCGGCUACAGUAACUACAGAGGAAUCCUCAACUGGUGUGUUGUCAUGCUGGUGCUGAGUAAUGCUCGUCUCUUCCUGGAGAACAUUAUAAAGUACGGCAUCCUGGUAGACCCAAUCCAGGUGGUGUCUCUUUUCCUGAAGAACCCUUACAGCUGGCCUGCUGCUUGCCUCAUCAUUGUGUCCAAUGUGUUCAUAUUAGCUGCAUUGUACAUUGAGCGACGUCUAGCUGUGGGAACUGUGUCCGAAACUACCGGCUUGAUUCUUCACAUAUUUAACUUGGCCUCCAUGUUGGUUUUCCCCUCUGCAAUAGUCCUCACAGUGAAUUCCAUUACACCAGUGGGUGGCAUCCUCUCCUUGGGAGUCUACACAGUGCUGUUCCUCAAGCUGUACUCCUACCAAGACACCAACAGGUGGUGCCGUGAGAUCAGACAAGCCAAAGCCAAGAAGUUGACUCGCUCCUACUCCUGUCCUUCUGUGGCCCAGUCCAAUGGAUUAGCAGUGCACACAAACGUCUCCUACCCUGGCAACCUCACCCACAGAGACAUGUACUACUUUGUGUUUGCCCCAACGCUCUGCUACCAGCUCAACUUCCCCAGGUCGCCGCGGAUACGCAAGAGGUUCCUCAUCAGGCGGCUCUUUGAGAUGCUCUUCUUCAUGCAGCUCCUAGUGGGAUUAAUCCAGCAGUGGAUGGUUCCGACCAUACAAAACUCCAUGAAGCCAUUCCAGGAAAUGGAUUUUUCUAGAAUGGUGGAACGUCUGCUCAAGCUAGCUGUGCCCAACCAUCUGAUCUGGUUAAUAUUCUUCUACUGGUUCUUCCACUCGUCCAUGAACUUUGUGGCUGAGCUGCUGCAGUUUGGGGACAGAGAGUUCUACAGGGACUGGUGGAACUCUGAGACUGUCACUUACUUUUGGGCAAACUGGAACAUCCCGGUUCACAAGUGGUGCUUGAGACAUUUCUAUAAGCCCAUGUUAAGAAGGGGCGUCAACAAGCUUCUGGCUCAAACUGCCGUCUUCAUGGUGUCCGCCUUCUUUCACGAGUAUUUGGUGAGUGUCCCUCUGAAGAUGUUCCGACUGUGGGCCUUUAUGGGCAUGAUGGCUCAGGUUCCCCUCGCUUGGUUCGUGGGUCGCUUCCUGAACGGCAUCUACGGCAACGCGGCCGUGUGGAUGUCGCUAAUCAUCGGGCAGCCGGUUGCUGUGUUGAUGUACGUGCACGACUACUACAUCUUGCAUUACGGCAGAAGCACGUAGCCCAGCAGAGACGUUAAGUGUCAGACUUUAAAGGAUCUUUGCACGGAGCCUUACUGUGUCUGGAAGGCUGCUAAAUGGCCAAAGAUGAUAAAUAUGAGGACUGAUGGAGACGAUGUCUGAGAAGCAAAUGAGCUUUUUCCUACAUUCACAAAACAAUGCAACUAUGGUAUAUUAUGUGUAUUAAACGUUUUUGGUAUUAUUUUUCAUUACUACUGCAAUAAUGUGCCAAUCACAAUUAACUUAAUUGAAAUAUUUUGCACUUUAAAGAAAUGCAUGCUUUUCUCUCUCGAUUGCCAUCAAGUUGAGUUGUCCACGCUAAAUUGACACCAACUGACUUCUUUAAUAUCAAGAGUUUCAGGGAAUGUUAGUAUGAAAUAAAGCUUGGCAUAUUUCCAAAAAAAAGUGCCUGCUCAAAAAAUAGGCCAAAUACUUUUGGUUAAAACAUCUUUGAUGAGCAAAUUUGGAUGUUAUCAGUGCACUCAUGUAGCCAAACGUGACUGUAAAGUUUGUUUUGUGAACUCUAAAUCUGUUCUGGAAUCCAAGAAAUGUAGCUUGAACUGUAUUUUGAUGUGUGUAUUGAAUGUUUAAUGGAGAAAUACUGGUCAUGUCGAGAUGUGUUUGACACAUUUUAUGAAUAUUCCAACCUGGUUUUUUUGGGACUGAUAGCCCCACCCCACCCUCAAAAUGCCAGAUUAUUUCAUUUCAAACACUUUGAUACUCAAGACCAUCAUGGUGUCUUUCUUGGAAGUGAAAAGUUACAAUGGAAGUGUUUGUAUUUCCUUACCUGUUUGCCCUGUGGAGUGCAUUUACACUCAAGCCCGCCUCCUGGUUUAAUCACUGUUAGGCACUAAGUUCUGAUAAAUACCAGUCCUUUAUUUAGAUGUUUACAUUUUCAGUAACUGACAUUUGAAACCCUGGAGGAUUGAAAUUAAUUAACAAUUUAUAAACUCAAACUUUUGUAAUAAAGACUGAAAUAUGACCACAUUUCAUUCAAAUCUUUGGGCUUUUUGAACCCAACCCCUCCUGUGUCCCAAAAAACCCUGAGUUUGUAAACAAUUAAUUUGAGCGACACAACAAAAACAAUGUUUUUCCAUUUUUGUAUUUAAACAAAAAAAUGUAAACCAAAAAUGUAUAGCAAUAUCAAAAAUAGUGAUUAGAAUGUAUAAAUAUAUGUAUCAUUAUCACUUAUUUCGAUUGCCAUCACAGCCGCUAAUAAA